CAGAGUUCUUCUGCAGUUAUUUGGUAAACAAUGAAGGUUCUGUUGCUGAAGGAUCCCAAAGACAAAGAUUCAGGACCAGAUCCCUAUAUUAAAGAAUUAGGAUUAUAUGGAUUUGAAGCAACUCUGAUUCCAGUUUUGUCAUUUGAAUUCAUAUCUCUAGAAAGUUUAUUUGAAAAGCUUUCUCAUCCAGAAUGUUAUGGAGGCCUAGUUUUUACUAGUCCAAGAGCAUUAGAAGCCAUCAAGAUAUGUUUAAAAGAGAAUAGUAAAAAUGAAGCCUGGUCAAAAUAUCUUAAACAAAGGUGGAAUACCAAACCAGCAUAUGUGGUAGGAAAAGCUACAGCUUCUUUAGUGGAAGAAAUUGGCCUUACUCCACAAGGAGAAAAGUCUGGAAAUGCUGAAAAAUUAGCUGAAUAUAUUUGCUCAAGAGAGAAACCUAAUUCCUCAGCUCUUCUUUUUCCUUGUGGAGCCCUGAAAAGAGAAGUACUUCCUACAGUACUUAGAGAAAAAGCUGUAAUUCUGGAAAGCCUUACUGUUUAUCAAACAACCCAACACACUGACCUGCAAGAAUCACUGAGCAGUUAUUUCUCCCAAAAGGGAAUUCCAGAAAGCAUCGUGUUCUUCAGUCCAUCUGGUGUCAAGUUUUGUCUCCAGCACCUUCAGAAGCUUUCGGGGGAUUUUAUCAGUCAUAUCAAGUUUGCUGCUAUCGGUCCGACAACUGCUGAAGCCAUGGAAGCGGCAGGAAUCCUGGUUAGCUCUACUGCGGAGAGUCCGACUCCCCGAGACCUUGCUGCUGGGAUCCAAAAAGCACUUCACUUACAGAACUGUUUAUCUAAGUAA